GAAUCAUUUGAAAGUUCAUUGCUGCUAUAAUUGCAGCUGACCACUAGAUGUCACUGGUAGAGUUUUUCUUUGAAGCUUCGAAUCUUUUUUCGGUACAAUCAGGAAGAAGCCUCAAAAGCUUCAAGAGGCUUGAUUUGCCCAUUUCUAGUUUUUACGUACUGUGUGUGUGUGCGUUUGUGAACUUCCUCUCACUCUCGUGAGUGCAGACCUCGCGACUCUUACUCUGAAAACAACUUCCGAAAGCAGUUUCCGGUCACUAAGUGUAAACCGCACAGGUGAACAACAUGGCGACUCCUGUCCUAGCUCUCAAACACACGUUGGCGCGCUUUUGUCCGGUUGUCUUCACGUCGCUCUUGUGGAGGACUCUCCCGGGGACACGUCCCGCCGCCGCCCGCCGGAUGUCGUUAGCAGGUGCGGCCCUCCUGGAGCCUGGAGACGAAGCUAGCAGGCUAAUGUUAACAGCUAACCGCCGGGCUCGAGAAACCCUUCGACCACUGGAGGGCGUCAGAGUGUUAGAUCUGACCAGAGUUCUGGCCGGUCCGUUUGCCACUAUGAUCCUCGCUGACCUGGGAGCUGAGGUGAUCAAAGUUGAGCGACCAGGAGCAGGUGAUGACACCAGAGUGUGGGGUCCUCCGUUCAUCGGCUCAGAGAGCGUUUAUUUCCUCAGCAUCAACAGGAACAAGAAAAGUAUCGCUGUUGACCUGAAACAUCCGAGAGGAGUGAAGAUCAUCAAGGAGCUGGCAGCAGUGUGUGACGUGUUGGUAGAAAACUUCAUCCCGGGGAAACUGAGUCAGAUGAGUUUAGGAUAUGAACAACUGAGCAGAGUGAACCCUCGCCUCAUCUACUGCUCUAUAUCAGGUUAUGGACAGACGGGUCCUCAGUGUCAGAGUCCAGGUUACGACUCCAUCGCCUCUGCUGUGUCAGGGAUGAUGCACAUCACAGGACCAGAGGGUGGCGAGCCGGUGCGUCCCGGCGUGGCGAUGACGGACCUGGCGACGGGUCUGUACGCACACGGAGCCGUCAUGGCUGCUCUGCUGCACAGACACAAGACAGGGGGAGGAGUCCACAUCGACUGUAACCUGCUGUCGUCACAGGUUUCCUGUCUUAGCCACAUAGCCGCUAACUUCCUGAAUGCAGGGAAGGAGGCGAAACGUUGGGGGACGGCUCAUGAGAGCAUCGUACCUUACCAGGGUUUUAGGACCAGAGAUGGACACGUGGUCGUCGCAGCAGGAAAUGACAAACAGUUCAUCAAAGUAUGUGAGGUGUUACAGCUAACUGAGCUCACACAGCAGCCGCACUACAAGACCAACAAGCUGAGAGUCCACAACCGUCAACAGCUGAUACACACACUGUCCCAGAGGUUCCUUCAGGAAAAGACAGCUGAUUGGCUGAGGAGGUUUGAAGGAUCAGGUGUUCCUGUUGGACCAAUCAACAGCAUCCAGGAAGUGUUCUCUGAUCCUCAGGUACACACACAAACA